GACAUGGAGAUUAAACAUCUUCGGGCGAAGAAUGUGUGAGCCACGCUGUCAUGUUGAGGUGCUGAUAGGAUGCGUGCGGGCUGCGUGCGAGGGGCACUUCUGGCGCUCUUCCUGCUGCUAGGUGCUGGAGCGCUGAGCUUGGGCUUGGCGGAGGCCCUCAAUGAGGAGGGCGUCGGCGGUCUUGACUGGCCCAGCCUGUCUAGCUACUUCGUGGGCUUGCUGAUCAUCAGCCUCAGCUCCUUCCCGGUGCUCCUCUGGACUGGGAAGGGUGCGGCCGAGGAUCUGCCAGGCCCGGCGAAAGCCGAGGAGCUGCCGAAGGAGCCGCCAGAGAAGGCGGAGACGCCGGUGCCAAAAGCGGAGAAGCCGGCGCCGGCGCCCAAGCCCAAGCCCAAGCCAAAGCCAAAGCCGCUCAGCCCGAGGAGCCAAGCCAAGCAGCUGGUGGGCAGCCGCAUGAGCGAAGAGCAGGCCACAAAGGCUGCAGAGAAUAUCUUGGCACUUCGGCGCCAUGUUCUGCGAACAGAUCCGAUCUCUCUGGAGGAGAUGUGGGGCUUCUUCGACCUCAGUGCGCCAAGGUCGCGGUGCCUGGACGCUUCCGAGCCCAUCAUGCAGCAGCUGAAGGGCAAGCUGAACCGCCAGCGCUUGCUCUUCCACCCGGACAAGAAUGGGCAUCCCGAGGCCGAGAAGACCUUCAAAUUCCUGGAGGUCUGCCACCGGAAGCUCAUGACGUCUUAUACACGUCAGACCGAGUCGGUGCACCAGCGCACCCGUCGAGAGGAGGAGGAGCUGAAGAAGGAAGAGGAACGGAGGAAGAAGCAAGAGGAGGAAAGGCGGCAGCAAAUGGAGCUUCUGGAGCGGGAGGAGGAGGAGAAGAUGCGGCGCCAGGAGAUACACCGCCAGCGGCUCGCGCAGAUGCUGGAGGCCAAGCAGUCUGCUUACGAGGCUAAGCACAACCAGUCCCAGAUGGUGAGCCGUAGCCUCUCCAGCGAGUUGCAGCGGGGCCUUUUCGGGAGCUGCUCUACUGGGAAGAGCCUCAAGGCGGUCAAGGAGGACGCGGAGGACUUUUCGCCCAUGGGCCGCCUUUCUGUUCGCCUGUACCUGGCGCGAGAUUUGCCCGCUGAGCAGUUCUUCGGCGGCCAUCACUACGCAGUGUUGGGCGUGGGCGAUGCCACGCAGCAGAGCACGCGUGUGCCCGGGCCCACGCCGAAGUGGGACGCGGACUUCCAGUUCCAAGUGCUCAGAGUUGACACCUCGCUGACGGUGAGCAUCUUCCGGGAAGGCUGGUUCCAGGACUCAUUGCUAGGGAAAGCAGAGAUUCCUUUCCUGGACAUCGAGGAGUGGUCAGGCCACCGGAUCGGCCGGCUCCUGGAGAGUGGCGAGGAAGUGGACCUGGCCACGGUUGAGCUGCAGGCGUCCUUCGACUGGUUCUGAGGUGCUCGCACCCCGGGAUGUCCCCCCUCCGCCCUUCCCCCCCCCCCCCUCCCCAUUUUUCGGUGAAGAGUGAAAAGCGAUCAACGCGGU